CCGAUGUUGAUGUUGUUGAAGCCAAUGGAAGCCAAAGUCAAAGUCGAAGCUUGCGACUUGGGGCAGCAUUUAUAGUUGAACAACGCUGCGGAACGCACGCGGCAACAAGCGAGACGCAAUUGAAGGAGCCUUCUAUAUACAGCAUUGGAGUGGAGCAGCACAUGGCAUUGGCAUUGAGAUUGGCACUGUGUGGACAUGGAAGCCAUGAAAUUGUUGUUGAGCAAGUGCAAUAAAAUCGUGAGCUUAUUACGAUGCGCGACUAAAAAGAAAGUUAUUGUCGUUGGUGGCCCAACAACAACAACAACUGCAGCAGCAGCAGCCGGUUGUGUUGGUUCUUGCAACCUGCUGAUGUUGCUGCUGCAAGCUGUUUGCAUACUCACAAUGUGGCUGAGCCAUGCACCUCAGCUGUGCCUCGCAGCACCAUCGACUGCAGCCACAAAUGAGACCGAGACCGCCUGGCCACCCAUGCAUCAUUAUGAUAUCUGGAGCGCAGAUUUGAAAUCGCCAGCGGCAACUGUGCCACAGCAGCAGCUGGAUAUGGAUGCCGACGUAAAUGUGGAUGUGGAUCUCAUUGAGGAAGAGGAAUUACUGCAACAUGCUCACGGCUAUAGCAACAGCUAUGGCUCUAGGCCACAAAUGAGCAGCCAGCAGUGGAGCAGUCCUCAAUUUAGCAAUCGAAGCAGCAGCCAAAGCCACAGCAGCAGCAACAGCAUUCGACGGCCCAAGGUUAUCCAUCUGUUUCCGGUGCCCGUGGAUGGCGAAUGCCUGGCGGACGAUGGUCGUCGGAUGGGAAACUGCUUCAAUGCCUACGAGUGUCGCCAGAAGGGCGGCCAAGCACGGGGGGAAUGCGCGAUGGGCUUUGGCGUCUGCUGCGUAUUCAUGGCCGAGUGCAACGGCACCAUAGCCAACAAUUUAACGUAUAUAGUCUCGCCGGGAUUUCCCAGUUUCAUGCCCAGCAAUUUCACGGAAUGCAAGCUGCGAGUGAAGAUCAUGAGCGAGGACAUCAGUCAGCUGCGAAUCGAUUUCGAUCACUUCUCGCUGGGACAACCGAAUCGCCGAACGGGAGUUUGUGAUGGGGAUGUGUUUCACAUCACUGGCGGAGCUCGAGGAGCCUUUCAGCUAUGCGGACAAAACAGCGGACAGCAUAUGUAUUAUGAUGUGGCAGUGCGCACCGUGCCACGUCAAUCGACGCUCUAUGGCAGCUUACGUCCAGCGGCAGCGACGAAUGUGACAGCGAAUCCUCAGGAUCAGGUCAUAGAGAUUACACUGAAUGUUUCCCGACGCUUUCUGCCCAUGCGUCUGUGGGAAAUACGCGUGCUGCAAAUACCCUUUACACAACGUGCCCCGCCGGGUUGCCUGCAAUAUCACACGGGUGUCGAGGGCGUCAUGCAGACGUUUAACUUUGCGGAGAACGGUCGCCACUUGGCCAAUCAGCACUACAGGAUCUGUGUGCGUCAGGAAACGGACAUGUGCUCGAUCAGCUAUCAGCCGUGUGAUGAGCAAUCGUUUCGCAUUGGCGGCGGGUUGGGAGGCGGUUCUUUUAUGUCCAAUGCGGCAAGUUCAACUAUGGCGCCGCCUCUCACUGAACUCUCCGCGGCAGCUGAGAAUGCCACGUCCACAACGACGAAUCUGCUGCAGUUGCUCAGUCAGUGGGUGAGGAACACGACGACUGAAGCCCCGACAACAACAACAGCUGCAACGACAGCGGCGCCUAUGAGAAAUGCCAGCAGCACUACAGCAACGUCUGCCAUGACCACAGCGGCGCCAGUGCGUUCCACAACAGCAGCAGCAGCAGUUGCCGCUGAUGAUGAUUAUCCCGGCUGGGUGGACGAGCCAGAAGAGGAGGAGGCGGAGGAGGAAGAGGAGCAGCCUGCAGCGCCAGCCAACGAUGAUGCUGAGGGCUCUGGGGGUGGCGACGACAACAGCAAUAGCAUCUUUAAUUUCUUCGGCGGAGGCGGCGGCGCAACGAGCGCUCAACCCGGAGUCUCGAGACGUCCGCGUCCGGUGGGCGGUGCAACGGCCUCGUUGGGUGUCAGCAGCUCCGGAGGCUUUGAUCUGUUUGGCUUUUUGCGCAGCGCAUUCGAUUUGCGACAUCGGCGACGACGUCGGCAGGCGCGACAGUUCUUUAGCACGUGUGCGGAUCGCAUUACGAUGCCCUGCAUCAUUGAGGAUUUCAUUGGCACCGGGCUGGGACCUUUGCCGGGCUGCGAGCCCGUCCAUUGUGGCUCACAGUUCUGCUCCACGGGCACCUGGCCGUGUCGCAUCGAAAGCACCGUCACUCCCUUCUACAUUGGCGUUCAUUUUGGAGGGGGCGAUGCACCGGGCAAAGGGAGCGCUGAGGAGAACAUUGGCGCCUGUCUGCGCUAUGCACAGGUGCAGUGCAUCUAA